AUGGAUGACCAAGUACGUGUAGCGUAGUCAGGCAGGCCGGGUCGGUAACAGCAGAGGCAGAACGGUACAGAGCAGCGGACAGACAGUAGUCGGGUCACAAGCCAGGUUUCAGCAACAGGAGGUCAGGUAAUCAGGAGUAAGCAAAAGAAUAGUCGGACGAGCCAGGGAUCAGAGCAGGAGAUGGUCAGCAGAGGUCAGGAUCAAGCAGGGUCUGUAACAAGGCAGAAAGGAGACAGGAUGCAGGUACAGGGGCCCAUGGGAAACAUACACCAAGGCCCUGAUCACAGGCCUGGCCAUUCCUUA